ACGGGUCAAUACACCGAGAAAAAACACACAGAGGUGUAAUUAAACCCGCCAUUUAUGACUUUUAUGGACUUAUUUCACACCGCUGCUUUGAGGUGAAUAUGGGCUGCGGCAGCUCCUCAACUACCGCGGUCCGACCGUUGACACCGGAAGAGGUGAGGGGAGAACAGGAUGAGACAGGAAGUAAAGUGGAUGGUCGUGGAGACUCUGCCGUGUCAAAGGGCACCACAGACAGCGGGGUGGUGAUGGACAACAGAGACGUCCCUUUGUUACCUGGAGCAGUGCCCAAAAAACUUCCUCCUCUAACAUCUGAGUGUGUCAGAGAAAGCGAGGCGGACAGAUUUACACAAGACGGCUUACUGCAGCAGGAGAACACACUGGCGGAGCGUCCAAAGUCCAGUGAGAUCCUGGAAGAGCUGCUGAACCAGGGCAUCAUACCAGUGGGACAGACCAGAGAGAGGGUCAGCGGGUCUGCAGAGGCCUACAGCAUCAUGCUGGAUGACAGGGAAGGGAUCAGGCGAAGGCCUCCUGCCAGACUGGAGUCCCUGAAGGCCAAGAAGGUGGAAAGUUUACCCAGCAGAGAAGAGAUGGAAGAAAAGAUGAGACUGGUUGAGGAGAGACGCAAGUUAAAGGAAGACGAGCUCAAGACACGUUUGAGGACCAAGUCGGCUCGUGUUCGGCGCCCCGCUCCCAUCUCCAGCACAGAUGAGAACGUUGACGCCGCUCUCACCCCUGUGGAGACGUUACAGUCACCUCUCAUCCCGGAACCCCUCGAUCCAAUCUCUCGCAGCCAGAUCCCACGCGAAGCAGCCGAGGGCGGAGAGUGGGCGAGAGAGGCCGGAGGUGACGGCAGAGAAGUAACAGGUGGAGCAAACGUGGAAGAGAAGUGGAGAGUGAGAGGAGACAGCGGAGAUUACAGAGGGGCAGGUGCAGAGAGGGUGAGUGAGAAUGGUGACAGGGAAGUGGGGGGAGAGUUGACCCAGGUGGAGGAGUUCAAGAAGGAUCAGCUCCUCCUUGCAGUUUCGGGGGAGCUGGAGAGCGAUUCUAGCUUUCAACAUGCAGGGUACAAAGAGGAGAUAUUUUAAUUAAUUACAAAAAUGAGCCAUGAAUAAGCACAAAGAGAGAUAAAAGAGAGAGGAGGAGAAGGCCAAUGUCUUUUGCACAGACUAAAGGAGUGUUGAAACUUGUAAAAAGACAGAUGUAUAUUGUUUUAGAAGAAAUUAAGAUCCUACUGGAUAAACUAGGCAUAAACUGUUUGUACUUUCAUAAAAA